UAUUGUGUUCUUCUUCUCCGUUUCAAGGAAUGAAGAUACAUAUCCAUCUAUGUAACACCCGUCAAACAUACUGCACUGAGUUCUCGGGGAUGAGGAACACAGAUGUUAUGCUGAACUACCAAUGCAACCAAAGGUGACAUGUUGUAACGACUACAUCACAGACAAACCGGAAAUAAAUAAUCAUGAUUCGUCGACUGUGGAGAUUACGGAAACUUGUAAUAAUUGUCGUCAUUAUCGUUGUGUUUAUUCUUCUAAACAACUUCAGUAGUAAGUUAUUCAGUGUAAAUGAAAACAACCUACCUAAAAGAGUUUUAUCUAAUGGUAAAAAGUUCCCGGAUAUUGACAGGCCAGACAUUCCUCCAGACGACACGGUGGUCGCAGCAUAUGUGGAAAAGAAAAGGUCAUGGUCGGCUCCUGUGAAGAAGGGGCAAGUUAUGUUCCCGGAAAAUCGUCCUCUUAGUGGGUAUAUGGUGUACGACUGUAGCAGAAAAUAUAACGGGCUGUGUGGCGGAUGGUCGGACAGAUUGUCCGGCAUUCUGAGUACAUUUGGUAUAGCAAUCAUAUCGCGUCGCCAUUUUAAAAUCAGACAUGACAAACCAUGCACGUUUGACAACUACCUUGAACCUAACAAAUAUGACUGGAAGCUAAACGAGUCUAUAAUACCUAUAACUGCUCAAUUCAUGUAUUUGAUUGACAACAACUCAUACAAUCUUAGGGUUAGUGCUGUUAAAACUAAUCAUCUUGAAAAUGUUUUCCGUGACGACGUCACGCUUAUACGGAUGAAUUGGGAUAUGACGCAGGACUUUAGGAUGCGAUCGAAUAUCACAGAAGAUUUUCCAUGGAUAUCAAAACUCCAGUACGCUGAUAUAUAUUUUGAAUUAUAUCACUACCUUUUCAAGCCCGGUAAAAAAGUUUUAGACAAAUUCGCCGACAUUCAAAAAAGAAGAAAGCACGAACUAUUAGCAUGUUCUCAUUCACGUGCAGGGGAUAUUGGUAAUGCACCAAGAGAUUUUACAAAAAUUUGGAAAUUCCUAUCGAAAUUGGACAAUUCAAAAUAUGAUAUUUACAUAGCAUCAGACCAACAAUAUGUUCGGGAUGCUGGUAUUAAAUAUCUCCAAGGAUAUGACGUCAUAACCCUGCCGGGCGUAUUGGGAAACAUGGACCACGGCUCAGUCGGAUGUGACACCUUUAUGACGAGUAUGGUUGAUUUUUACACUCUAACUACAUGCGACUUACUGGUAAUCACAAACAGCGGUUUUAGUAUAAUGUCGGCAUAUGUUAGAGGUAUCUCGGACUACUUGUACUGUAUGGGAGAGAGUGAUGUGUUUCCCUGUUCGCGAAGCGUAUUGGAAGAUAUCUAUCCAGGAAAUAUGCUUGCCCCUCCAUUAAAGUUAAACUGACAUGGACGCGGCCUAAAAAGCCUUGUGAGUGAUAUUUGACUUUUCCAACUGCUUCCAGUUUGAACAGGUAGACUUCCUUCCACAGUGUAUCUGAGUUUUAUCAGCUUGCCGCUGAUACCAUGUGCGGAAAUACGUGCAUAUCCGACACAUAAGAAUUACACAUGGCCUUAUUAAAGAUAGGACGUUUUGGUAAGACGAUAGAAAAAUCGACAAUUUUCAUCAUAUCUUGACGUAGAAUUAGAGGAAAAUUUGCAUGAUCUCAUUCAGCAUACAGUAUGCCUCAAAAAAUAUUGAGUACAUUAUGAUCAUAGCUCUAUAUCUAUUCUGUUAUUCGAGACACCCAUUCAUACAUAUAUAUAAAUUGCUGUAUCGCUGAAUGACAAACCUAAGUAUAUCUCAUACACCAGAGAUAGUGAAGUAUAAUGGUAAGGAGCUGUGCUGUCGAUCGAAGAGUCGCUUAUUCGAGUCCCAGCAGAAACACUGGGUUAGAUUUACGAACAAUAUUGUUUUGAUUUGUUUUUUCAUUGGUUUGGU